GGCAGUGGAUCUACGCUGCCAUCAGCGACGACAAACUCUGUCAAUCUCAUGGCCAUGGUCUUUGAGGAAGAUGAUCCUCCUCUCGGUGUUUCUCUGUCUUGUGGUACAAGCUAAAGCUUUGGAAGUUAUUGUUGAUGACCCUCUCACUGUCACCGUUCAAGGCACAAUCACUUUAACCUGCCAGUUACGUGACUUCCAGGAUAAAAUCAUCCAGGUCGAUUGGAUUAAAAAGAGAAGAGGAAAUGAAGACAAGAUCUACACCAUCCUAAGGAAUGGUACCACUGUGCCGGAAGCGGUUAAUGGAUUGAAAGGGCGCCUUGACUACAUGGGGAAUGCCAUCGAUGGAGAGGGGUCGAUUAGGUUAAAGAAUGCCACACUCACAGACGAGGCGGUGUACAAAUGCCGGUUCAUUUUGUUUAGAGGCAAUCCCAUCCACAAGGAGUUUCAGCUUCAUGUGCAAGCGCCACCUGAGGUCGCCCUCGUCAAUGUCACCCCUGAGGUCGGCUUAUGUGAGGUGACACUCGCCACCUGCGUUGCUGCGAUGGCCCGCCCCCCUGCCGAGGUCAUCUGGGAUGUGGGUUCACUUCAGGGCAUCGUCAGCGUGAACAGGUCUGCAGAGAACUCUGAUGGAACAACGAAUGUCACCGUUGACCUCGUAGGUGUGCCUUCUAGAAACCUCCGCCGAUCUGUCGUCCAAUGCAUGGUCAGACACCCCACUCUAAAAUCCGAGAAGGUCGUUGGAUAUUCAUUAAAUUUUACCUAUCCCCCUGAAUCGGUUAAAAUAAAUGUUGUUCCAAGUGAUGAUCCUCAGUCUCCAGAGUUUGUGUGUGAAGCCAAUGCCAACCCAAUGGCCAUAAGAUACACCUGGAGCAGAAAUGGAGCGCCUCUACUCAACGAUAGGGUGCAACACAACAAACUGCCGCUUUCAGUGUUUGACGCCGAGUUCAAUGGGCUCUAUGCUUGUCAGGUUGAUAACCAGUAUGGCCAAGGAGAAGCCUACCUUCAUGUUUACACAGCAAAUACCAGACAUAGAUGUGUUGUUGCAGCAUGUUUUACAUUUUUUAUUGGAUUGGCUUUAGGUGUGGCCAUUCCUGUUGGGUUCUUGUAUUUCAGGUACAGAGAGAUUGUUCGACAAUUUUUUCAAAGGCCACCUGAAGGGCCCCCUGAUCAGCCAACACAUGUUAGCAGACCAUGCAGGGCGCUGUAG